AUGGAAGAUCCAAAGACCAAUAGCGCCCACUUGGAGGAUGUCGACGGCUUACAGGAGCCAGUCGACGCUCCUCAAGGCAAAACGCCGUGGCAAUGCUUAGCACAGAAUCCCUGGAUUGUUUUAUUCUGUCUUUACGGCAAUCUGGGUGCGUUGAUGUAUGGCUUCGAUAAUCUGGUAAUGUCUUUGGCGCUAUCGAUGCCUGCCUUUGAGAUCCAAUUCGGAGAAACGGUUAAUGGAUCCUCUGUGAUUCCAGCAUUUUGGCAGUCCCUUUGGAGUGCGAUGUCACAGGUGGCUACGAUGCUUGGAGCAACUAUCGCUGGUCCGGUGCAGGAUCGCUUCGGUCGACGUGCUGCUUUCUUGCUCGGGGCGAUUCUUUCAACGGCCGGAGUUGCGGUCGUGUAUACUGCGUCGACACCUGGAGUAUUCCUUGCGGGCAAGAUCGUCAAUGGUCUGUCUCUAGGCAUCUGCUUGACGACUGGGCAGACGUACAUUUCGGAAGUAACGCCAUUGCCACUGCGUGGUAUUGCCUUGUCGGUCUUUACUUUCUGCAUGAAUCUGGGAUACAUGAUUGCCGCGUCUGUGGCACUGCCUCGCAUGUCGAUGCUAUCUGCCUCGGCAUACAAGGUCCUUUUCGCCGCCGCAUGGGUCUGGCCUGGUGUCAUCGUCCUCUUCCUCCCCCUUCUCCCCGAAUCGCCCUAUUUCCUCGUCAUGCAAGAUCGCCUCGAGAAAGCUCAGCGAUCCCUGAGCAGAUUGGGCAACAAGCCCACCGAAGUCACAGAACUUCUAGAGCAAAUUGUCCGAGUCAACGAAGAAGAAAAGGCACGAAGUGAAGUAUCCAAGGGUGCAAGCUUCUUUGAAUGCUUCCGUGGAACCAACUGGCGCCGAACUCGGAUUAUCUUAAUCUGCAAUGCCCUGUCCCAGGUUAUCGGAUCUAGCUUCAUGACGAAUGGCCCGUAUUUCCUCGUCCAGGCGGGCAUGUCUUCAUCGAAAGUUGGCAUGAUGACCGAAAUUGGCAUUGCGUUUGGUCUUGCCAGUUCCAUUCUCACGGCCUAUCUGAUGAGCAAGUGUGGACGGAGAAGAUUGAUCAUUUUUGGCAUUUCGCUUUCCACGAUUCUGUUCACAGUCAUGGGCAUAGCGGGCUGUUUCCCUCACUCUAGUGCUGCUUUGUGGGUCGUCGGCAUCUUCCUCCAACUAUCAUGGUGGGUCUACGGUCCAGCCAUCGGUCCAGCCAUGGCCAUUGCCGGUGAAGUAUCUGCCGUGCGUCUGCGCGCCAAAUCAAUGGCCAUUGGAUUCACGUUCAACUACUUUUUCUCAACGAUCUGGAACGUAGUGAUCCCGUACCUGUACAACACGACGGAGGCAAACCUAGGCGGCAAGAUCGGUUGGAUCUUCGCAGGAAUGGGCAUUAUCGCCCUGGGCAUCAUUUUCUUCGAGAUCCCCGAGACCAAGGGCCGGUCCUUCGAGGAGCUGGACGAGAUGUUCAGGUCGGGUGUCGGUACGCGGGCGUUCCGGAACCAUCAGUGCUCUAUGGACGAGCCGUUGCGCAAGCUUGGAGAGGAAUAA